GUCACAAAUCUCAAAGAGAGGAGCUGGAUGCUAUACUUUUUAUUUUUGAGAAAAUUUUGCAACUUCUUCCAGAAAGAAUUCAUCAGCGAUGGCAGUUUCAUAGUAUUGGAUUGAUUUUAAAGAAACUACUUCACACAGGAAACUCCUUAAAGAUUAGGCGGGAAGGUAUUCGUCUUUUCUUACUGUGGUUGCAAGCUCUUCAAAAUAACUGUAGCAAAGAACAGCUCUGGAUGUUUUCAUGCUUAAUUCCUGGAUUUUCAUCACCACAAUCUGAACAUGGACUUCGAACUUUAGAUAAUCUUAUUAAUCCUCCACUCAACCUUCAAGAAACUCAAGUCACUAUUGAGGAAAUCACUCCUCUUGUUCCUCCACAGUCAGGAGAUAAAGGACAAGAAGAUCUCACAAGCUAUUUUCUUGAAGCACUAUUAAAAUAUAUAGUGAUUCAGGUAAAAAGUUUAGAAUGGAAGAACAAAGAAAACCAAGAAAGAGGAUUUUCAUUUUUGUUUUCACAUUUUAAGAAAUAUUAUUUGCCUUAUAUUUUUCCAAAUAUCUGCAAGGAGAAUAGUUUAUAUCAUCCUGUACUUGAUAUUCCACAGGUGAGACCAAAGCCACAUUAUGUCAUGAUAAAGAAGGAUGCUGAAACCAGUGAAACAAUCUAUUGUACAAAGGAGCCUUUCAUUAAAGCUCGUGUUAUUGUCAUUCGUUGGCUGGUUUCUUUCUGGUUGGAGCCAAAACCACACGCAGGACCUCAUAUUCCUGGGAUGGAAGGUGAAAUCUUGCCAAAGAAUAUUCAGAGAGCAGCUGCUAGUUUGGUAUCCAGAGAAGAAAACAAAAACGAUAAUGUUGAUAAAGCAGACAAAACUACAGAACCUGAACAGUCUCAUUCCAAUACAAGUACUCUCACAGAGCGAGAACCUAGCUCAUCUAGUCUCUGUAGUAUUGAUGAAGAACAUCUCACAGACAUCGAAAUAGUUCGCAGAGUGUUUUCUUCUAAAAGAAGCAAUGUGAAUUUUGUCACAGAGAUAUUUCGUCAGGCGUUUUUAUUACCAAUUUGUGAAGCAGCAGCUAUGAGGAAAGUGGUAAAAGUAUAUCAAGAAUGGAUCCAGCAAGAGGAAAAACCUUUGUUUAUGCAAGAGCCUGAGGAAACUGUGAUCACUUCUUCAGACAUACCUUGCAUUGAAAAUGUCACAGACCAUGAUAUUUCAAUGGAAGAAGGGGAAAAAAGAGAAGAGGAAAAUGGGACCAGUAUUGCUGAGCACAUUCGAAAUUCUAGUUGGGCAAAAAAUGGCUCCUACCAAGACACUCUUCAUAAUGCCUCUGAAGAAGCUACAGAACAAAACAUACGAGCUGGUACCCAGGCAAUUUUGCAGGUGUUCAUUAUAAACUCAUCAAACAUAUUUCUUCUUGAACCUGCAAAUGAAAUAAAAAGUCUUCUGGAUGAGCACACAGACAUGUGUAAACGCAUUCUUAACAUUUAUCGGUACAUGGUUGUGCAAGUAUCAAUGGACAAAAAGACUUGGGAACAGAUGCUGCUUGUGUUGCUCAGAGUCACGGAGUCUGUACUGAAGAUGUCAUCACAAGCUUUUCUACAGUUCCAGGGGAAAAAAAAUAUGACCUUGGCAGGUCGACUUGCAGGACCACUUUUCCAGACUCUUAUAGUUGCCUGGAUCAAAGCAAAUCUGAAUGUCUACAUCUCCCGAGAACUUUGGGAUGACUUACUGUCAGUAUUGUCAUCGUUGACCUAUUGGGAAGAAUUGGCUACUGAGUGGUCACUGACUAUGGAGACACUAACAAAAGUCUUAGCUAGGAAUUUAUAUAGUUUGGAUCUCAGUGAUUUACCAUUGGAUAAACUGAGUGAACAGAAGCAAAAAAAGCAUAAAGGGAAAGGAGUUGGACAUGAAUUUCAGAAAGUUUCAGUUGAUAAGUCAUUUUCUAGAGGAUGGAGUCGUGAUCAGCCUGGCCAAGCCCCAAUGAGGCAGAGAAGUGCAACAACCACUGGCUCCCCAGGAACUGAAAAGGCAAGGAGUAUAGUACGGCAAAAAACUGUUGCCAUGAGAAGCCGAUCCAUUGGUGAAUGUGCUCUGCCAUCGGCCUAUAUACGCAGUGCUAAAAGUGCUCCUGUUCUGAUCCAUACUUCCAAACCCUUCUUGCCUGAUAUUGUUCUCACUCCCCUUUCUGAUGAGCUUUCAGAUAUUGAUGAUGCUCAAAUACUUCCCCGCUCAUCUAGAGUCAGACAUUUUUCACAGAGUGAAGACACUGGAAAUGAAGUUUUUGGUGCCUUGCAUGAGGAACAGCCAUUGCCUCGAAGCAGCAGCACUUCUGACAUCUUGGAACCAUUCACUGUUGAACGAGCCAAAGGUGCAGUUCCUGUCACUGACAGUUCAUCCCGUCAUGCACCAAGCUUGCAGAGUUCCACAGAGGCUUCUUCAAUAACUAGAUCCACUGAAAGCCACAUCACUGAUACUCAUAGUAGAGAGUCUUCUCUGGAAGUUGGUGAUAGCAUAUAUGACCAUCUUUGUCAUUUAAUAGGUCCAAUAGAGCUUGCAGAUUCAGCUUUUGAACAAAUCCAGUACAUUGACCUUGAAGGAGAUGAUGAUCUUCUUUCUUCCCUGAAAGAAUACUUUAAGGAAAACCAGGAAAAUCAUAGUAAAAAUGAGAUAGGUAAAGAUUCAGCUUCUCAGGAAGUGAUUAUUUCAGUAACUAGGGAUGAAAGAUCAUCCUUAGAUAAAUUAGAAUACAUGGAUCAGGAAAUAAAAUCAGAAAAUCUCAUGUCUUUUGUUGGGACUCCUGAAAACAUACAGUUUCAAAAAGAGCCAAAUUCAUCUGUCUUCAUCAAUAAUAUUGAUCCUAACCAGUCAGGUACUUUUAUAAGAGCACAAACUGCUGAAAAAUCUAAGCAACUAAAUACUGAUAAACAGUCAUCGGAUUCUAGUUCAGAUAGCCCCUGUGAUAAAGAAAAAAAGAAAUAUCUGUAUAGACAAACAGCCACAGAAUUAGAUGGCUGUGUAGAUGCAACACUAGUUGAAAAGCUUAAGGAUAUGCAAAUUAAUGAAAAAAUCAUUGUCCCACAUGUAAUGCAUGCUAAGAAAACUACACUAAAACCACCAGUUAACCGCAGAAUGCCUCAUGUUUCAAACAAUAGCAAGGUUUCUCCAACUAAAAGGAGCUUGUCUGAAACAGUAACCCAUAGAGCCAAAAUCAUGAAAAUUGCUACUAAGAAACGAAAUAGUGUUCAUGUUACUUUUAGACCAUCUACUGAGUCUGUUCAGUUUUACAAUCCUCUGGAAAACAAAGAGGCUCCAUGGAAGAUGAGACUACGGAAGCUCAGUGGCUUUAGUAGUAAUAGCAAUAGCAGCACUAGCCUCACACAUACCAGCUCUGCUAGUGGUCCAGAGCUUGUAAGACCUGGUGUGUAUAGGCCUUUAGAUACUAUUAGUGCAGCAUCAGUUAGUAGCAAAACAGUGAAAGAAUCCACAGAGAUUCCCACCACCAUACUGCAAAAAGAAGGAAUUGCAAGUAAUCAGUUAGGUAGUCGCAGUACAGUUAGGUCAUCAAAUCAGGAGGCAGGACUACAGCAGGGCUCCCUGGGUGGCGUUUAUAAAACUGUUGUACAUGCUCUUUCGAAGCCGAAGGCAAAUGUUUCCCCACAGAGGCAGAACAGAAUGCCACCAGAGGCUCCACUGAGGGAUCUGUACAGUCAUGUAAUGGGCUAUUUUGGAAGGAAAGCUGCAGUCAAUAAAGAGGACAUGAGCCCCAAACUGCCUCCUCUUAAUAGUGAUAUUGGCAGCAGCAGUGCUAAUGUUCCUGAUCUGAUGGAUGAGUUUAUAGCAGAACGACUUCGAAGUGGUAAUGCCUCAACUAUGACAAGAAGAGGAAGUAGUCCAGGCAGCCUUGAAAUUCCCAAAGACCUCCCUGAUAUUCUAAAUAAGCAAAAUCAGAUGCGCCCUAUUGAUGACCCAGGUGUACCCUCAGAAUGGACUUCUCCUGCCAGUGCAGGGAGCAGCGAUCUUAUCAGCUCAGACAGUCAUUCGGAUUCUUUCAGUGCUUUCCAAUAUGAUGGCCGGAAAUUUGACAACUUUGGCUUUGGAGUUGACCCUGGAAUUGCAUCCUCUGCUGACGUGGAUUCAGGUUCUGGCCAUCAUCAGAGCACUGAGGAGCAGGAAGUGGCUAGUCUAACCACACUCCAUAUAGAUUCUGAAACAAGCAGUCUUAAUCAACAGGCUUUCUCUGCUGAAGUUGCAACAGUUACUGGUUCAGAAAGUGCUUCACCAGUCCAUUCAGCUCUGGGAUCCAGGUCACAGACACCUUCUCCUUCCACAUUGAAUAUGGAUCCCAUGGAGCAGAAGGAUCUGCAGCUCGAUGAGAAGCUUCACCACUCUGUUCUUCAGACACCAGAUGACCUAGAAAUCAGUGAAUUUCCAUCUGAAUGUUGUAGCGUGAUGGCAGGGGGUACUCUCACUGGAUGGCAUGCAGAUGUGGCUACUGUUAUGUGGCGAAGAAUGCUAGGCAUUUUGGGAGAUGUCAAUGCUAUUAUGGAUCCUGAAAUACAUGCUCAAGUUUUUGAUUACCUGUGUGAACUUUGGCAGAAUCUAGCCAAGAUCAGAGAUAAUCUUGGCAUUUCAACUGAUAACCUGACCUCUCCUUCUCCACCUGUUUUGAUUCCUCCACUAAGAAUUCUUACACCUUGGCUUUUUAAGGCAACUAUGUUGACUGAUAAAUAUAAACAAGGUAAAUUACAUGCUUAUAAACUUAUUUGUAAUACAAUGAAAAGAAGACAAGAUGUAUCUCCAAAUAGAGAUUUUUUAACACAUUUCUAUAAUAUAAUGCAUUGUGGAUUACUUCAUAUUGAUCAGGACAUUGUCAAUACGAUCAUCAAGCACUGCUCACCUCAGUUUUUCUCACUUGGUUUGCCUGGUGCCACAAUGCUUAUUAUGGAUUUUCUUAUAGCAGCUGGUAGAGUGGCUUCUUCAGCUUUUCUCAAUGCUCCAAGAGUGGAAGCACAAGUUCUUCUGGGAUCUCUAGUUUGCUUUCCCAACUUGUAUUGUGAACUGCCUGCUCUCCAUCCCAACGUUCCUGAUAUUGCCAUCUCUCAGUUUACAGAUGUUAAGGAACUUAUAAUUAAAACUGUAUUAAGCUCUGCAAGAGAUGAGCCCUCCGGUCCUGCACGAUGUGUCGCACUUUGCAGUUUAGGUAUUUGGAUUUGUGAAGAACUAGUCCACGAGUCUCAUCAUCCUCAAAUAAAAGAAGCUCUAAAUGUAAUUUGUGUUUCCUUAAAGUUUGCUAAUAAAACAGUAGCCCACGUAGCUUGUAACAUGCUUCACAUGCUGGUUCAUUAUGUGCCUAGACUUCAGAUUUACCAGCCUGAUUCUCCCUUGAAAAUUAUUCAAAUCCUAAUAGCCACUAUCACCCACCUUUUGCCUAGUACAGAAGCUUCAUCUUAUGAAAUGGAUAAGAGGUUGGUAGUAUCCUUACUUCUGUGCCUUUUGGACUGGAUCAUGGCUUUACCUCUAAAGAUAUUACUCCAACCAGUCCAUCCUACAGGAGCAGAAAAUGAUAAGACAGAAAAAUCUGUCCUCAAUUGCAUUUAUAAGGUUUUGCAUGGGUGUGUUUAUGGAGCUCAGUGUUUUACCAAUCCAAAGUAUUUUCCAAUAAGCCUCUCUGAUUUGGCAUCUGUAGAUUAUGACCCUUUUAUGCAUUUGGAAUGCCUGAAAGAGCCUGAACCCCUACACUCUCCUGAUUCAGAACGAUCUUCUAAACUCCAGCCAGUAACUGAAGUGAAAACUCAAAUGCAGCAAGGAUUAAUCUCCAUAGCAGCCCGCACUGUUAUUACCCAUCUGGUAAAUCACUUGGGCCAUUAUCCAAUGAGUGGUGGUCCUGCUAUGCUAACAAGUCAGGUGUGUGAAAAUCAUGACAAUCAUUACAGUGAAAGUACAGAACUUUCUCCUGAACUCUUUGAGAGUCCAAAUAUCCAGUUCUUCGUGUUGAACAAUGCGACCUUAGUGUCUUGUAUCCAGAUCAGAUCAGAAGAAGAAAGUAUGCCUGGCGGAGGGUUAUCUGCUGGCCUUGCAUCAGCUAAUUCAAAUGUCAGAAUCAUAGUACGGGAUCUCUCUGGAAAAUACUCAUGGGAUUCUGCCAUACUGUAUGGACCACCUCCUGUAAGCAGCUUUUCAGAACCUGCAUCUUUCAUACUGUCAUUGACUCACCAAGAGAAGCUAGAAGAGUCUCCUACAUCUAAUGAAUGCUCAGAAGAUACAACAGUAAAAGAUGGACUUUCUUUGCAGUUUAAAAGGCUUAGAGAAACUGUACCAACUUGGGAUACAAUAAGGGAUGAAGAAGAUGUUCUUGAUGAGCUUUUGCAGUAUUUGGGUGUUACUAGUCCUGAAUGCUUACAGAGAACUGGAAUCUCACUUAAUAUUCCUGCUCCACAACCUGUGUGCAUUUCUGAAAAACAAGAAAAUGAUGUUAUUAAUGCUAUCCUUAAGCAGCAUACAGAGGAAAAAGAAUUUGUUGAGAAGCACUUUAAUGACUUAAACAUGAAAGCUAUGGAACAAGAUGAACCAAUGCCUCAAAAACCUCAGUCAGCAUUUUAUUAUUGCAGAUUGCUUCUUAGUAUAUUGGGAAUGAAUUCCUGGGACAAACGGAGGAGCUUUCAUCUCCUGAAGAAAAAUGAAAAGCUACUUAGAGAACUUAAGAACUUGGAUUCAAGGCAGUGCCGAGAGACACACAAGAUUGCAGUAUUUUAUGUUGCUGAAGGACAAGAAGACAAACACUCCAUUCUUACCAACACAGGGGGAAGUCAAGCAUAUGAAGAUUUUGUAGCUGGUCUUGGUUGGGAGGUAAAUCUUACGAAUCAUUGUGGUUUUAUGGGAGGACUACAGAAAAACAAAAGCACUGGAUUGACCACUCCAUAUUUUGCUACCUCUACAGUAGAAGUAGUAUUUCAUGUAUCAACAAGAAUGCCUUCUGAGUCUGAUGACUCUUUGACCAAAAAAUUGAGACAUUUAGGAAAUGAUGAAGUGCACAUUGUUUGGUCAGAACAUACUAGAGACUACAGAAGAGGAAUUAUUCCUACAGAAUUUGGUGAUGUCCUUAUUGUAAUAUAUCCAAUGAAAAAUCACAUGUUCAGUAUCCAGAUCAUGAAAAAACCAGAGGUUCCCUUCUUUGGUCCACUUUUUGAUGGUGCUAUUGUCAAUGGAAAGGUUCUACCCAUUAUGGUUCGAUCAACAGCUAUAAACGCCAGCCGUGCUCUGAAGUCAUUGAUUCCGUUGUAUCAAAAUUUCUAUGAGGAGAGAGCGCGAUACCUGCAAACAAUUGUCCAGCACCACUUAGAACCAACAACAUUUGAAGAUUUUGCAGCACAGGUUUUUUCUCCAGCUCCCUACCAUCAUUUACCUUCUGAUGCAGAUCAUUAAAUAUCAGUUCUGUUUAUCUGAAGAAUUAUCCACAUAAGAGAGGACAAUUUUUUUUAUUUCCCCAAAACUAAACCUCAGGGUAUGUUGUCCUUUCCACACUUGAAUGAUUAUAUUUCAAAGGUGGUCAUUUUCUUCAAGAAUAUUUCUGGUUUCAAUAUUUCCUUCCUAGUUCUCAAGUGCUCUGGUUCAAAGUCUACUAAAUUUCAUUUAAUAGCUUUCUUAUACCAUUACACUUACUGGGUGCCUACUGUGUUCCAGGAUCUUUGUGUAUGUAGUCAUUAAUCCUCAACGUGGCAAAUAACUGUUAUUGUCUCCAUUUACAAAUAAGAAAAUGUUUUAAGUCAGUUUGAGCAAGAUCAAAUGACUAAUAAAGUGACAGACUUGGCAUUUAACACAGAACUGUCUAGUCCAUGCCUGUGUUCAUCCAGCAUAUUCACAUUGUCUCCUAGUUCGGUAAUAACUGAAAUUGCUUUCAAAGUUAGAAUAUUUUAAAAUGCUAUAUUUACCCAAUAACUUUAGUAGUUUUAAACUGGUCAUACUUGUGAGCAAACAGUACAAACAAAAGCAAAAUAAACUAAAAUCCAUUAAGUUCCCUUUUAUAACAUGCAUAUAAAUCCCCCAAGUCAUAUGCUCAUGUUAUUUGUAAUAGUUUAUUGUAAUCAAUAUGUAAUAUAUGAAUCAACUUAUUAUACUAUCAAGAUAUAGACACAGUCUGUAUGAACACUGUCAGUGUGUGUUAGUAACAUGAUGAGGUCAUAGCUCAGUGGUAGAGCAUUUGCCUAGCAUGUGUGAGGCCCUGAGUUUGAUCCUCAAAACAGAAAAAAAAAAAAAGUAUUAGUAACAAAUACCUUAUGCAUAAACAUAGGAACCCAAAGAAAUUUCUCAAACUUAUCCUUGAGGAUAUUUUAAUAAUAAAGUAAUUAAAUCAGCACUCUUUAUGACUCAGGUAAUAUAAAUCAGUAGGCAGAAUAGGAUUGACAUGAGCUAUAGGUAUCAUUAGGCAUAUUGAGUAUGAGUAUAUAUCACAAAUAUCAUUUGCUAAAAUGUGAAUACGUAUGAUAUCUAUAUACCUUAAACACUAAAAAGCCUGAUUUGACUGUGAGUUGGCUGAAAGGAAAUUCACUUUGCAGGCAAUAAGGGAGACAUAGAGGAAUUUUUUUUAUUUUUUUUUAUAGAAAAGCUUGGAUAUGUAUGCAAAUAUUGAAGAUUAACUUUAUUUACUAUUAGUGUUCAAAGUAGUAAAAGAAAAAGAUUUUAGGAACAGUUACAGUUAAAAAAAUUUGAAGUGGGUGAAAUAGCUGUGAAGCAAACUUUCAUGGAGGUCUGUUUGCACAAAGAAUUAAGUGAGGAAAUAUUCUUUGAGUUAGGCGUACUCUAAAGCAGUGCUAUCCAAUAAAAUUUUCUAUGAUGAUGGAAAUGUUAAGUAUCUGUUCUAGCCAAUAUCAU